GAUGUUCCAAAUUAUGAGUGUGAAACUCCUGAAGGAGUCCAUACCACAUUGAGCAAAAUUUUGGCAUCUCUUAAUGAACCAAGUAUCAACUAUACACUGAGUUUUGCCAACAAACUCUGUGGAGACCAUGCUGUUGCCUUCAUUCAGAAAUUCAUUCACUCUGUUCUGAAACUCUACUGGACUAAUGUGGAGAAUAUGGAUCUGCAAAAUGCUCCAGAGGAAAUGAGGAGAAUAAUAAAUCUUUGGGUUGAGUUCCAGACCCAUGGUAAAAUCAAGGAUCUCCUCCCCAAAGACGGCUUUGACUACCUUGCCCAGCUGCUGCAUGUGAAUGCUCUGUAUUUCAAAGGACAAUGGCAAGUGCGGUUUGAUGAACAACUCACAAUAGAAGCUCCAUUCUAUGUACAUUAUGCAAAUAAGAGGGAUCGCCAAACUGUGCAGCUGAUGAACAGAAAGGGGGUCUACAACACUGCCUUGCUUAAUAUUGGUGAGACUGAGGUACGGGUGCUGGAGAUUCCUUACAAGGACAAUAAGCUGAGCUUCUUUGUGCUGCUCCCAACUGACUGCGACCCUGAAACUCUCCAGCAGCUGGAAGAUUCGCUUACCCACGAGCACCUACUUGACUGGUCGGGUCAGCUGAAGCCUGCAGAAGUAGACGUCUUCAUUCCCAAGUUCAGCUUAGAGAAGAAGCUUUAUGCCACUGAAUAUUUGGAUCUGCCAAGUCUCCAAGAUCCAGAAAAAGCUGAUUUCUCUCAAGCAACUACCACUGAGGGAGUGGCCCUCACUCAGCUGGUCCAUGAUACCUUCAUUGAGAUUGAUGAAGAGGGUGGUGAGGAACCAGAGGCUCGCCGUUGCCCCAGGGAUAGGCACCCACGUCAGGAAGCUGUGGAGGUUCUGGCCGACCAUCCUUUCCUGUAUUACAUCCUCCACAGACCCACUCAAAGUAUUAUUGCCCUUGGAAAAUUCGCUAAACCAGAAUAA